AUGGAGGGAACCCAACUGGUGACUAAAGAACAUGGUAAUGGUAUGUUACAUGACACUAACAGCAAAGAACCCAACGUAUUGGACAGCAUUGACAGAGAAGAUAAGAUAAAGGAUCCUGAUAAUGGUAUCAAAAACUGCAGCGUAACCCUCUUGUUGGCCAUCUCGGCUACUGUUCUCGGGGGAGCCUUUCAAUUCGGGUUUGCGAUUGGGAAUGUAGCGAACACCAUUCCAAUAAUAAAAUCCACGUUCAACUCAACAGAUCUGUUCAUCAGUGUCUUCGUCAGUGGUAAUCCAAUUGGUGGUCUUUUUGGAGCUCUACUAGCUGGCUAUGUGGCAGACAGUAUCGGAAGAACCAAAAGUAUGAUCCUGAACUUUGUACCGUUUUUGGUGGGAUGUGUCCUCAUGUCCACCGCCGAACCAGUACUUCUUUUGGUAGGACGGAUUGUAGUAGGAUUUGGAGUGGGAAUAGGGUCGGGCCUGACUAAUAUAUUUCUGUCUGAGAUCUCCCCCAUCUCCAUUAGAGGUGGUGUAGGUAUGCUGUACGGGACUGUUUUGACUAUUGGAACCCUCGCAUCCUAUCUUCUUAGUAUGCCCCAGGUUAUCGGAGAUAAUAUUGGGUGGCGUGUCUUCUUUGCUGUCCCACUUCUCCCAGCACUGUAUCAAAGUGUGGUCCUAUUCUGCUGCCCUGAGUCACCACGUUAUCUAGCGUUCAAUAAACAGAACAUUGUUGCAGCAAAACACGCUCUUGCACGAUACCGUAGAGUGCUACCAGAAGAAGAAGCUGAAAGCCUAAAUCAGAAGGAAGGAGAUUCUGUUAAAGUUCUGUCAUUUAGAGAGUUGUUCUCUGACCCUGGACACAGACUAGCUCUGGUUAUCGGGAUGGGAUUGCAUGCUGCCCAGCAGUUAAGUGCUAUCAAUGCUGUCCUAAGCUAUACUCCCAGCAUCUUCGCUGAAGCAAACGUUGGUAGCCCCCUUACAGCAACUAUAGCAACAGGAAUUGUCAACGUUCUGACUGCAGCGAUUGCAGCUCCACUCACAGACAAAUUUGGACGACGUCUCAUGAUGUUGAUGGGUCUUCUGGCCAUGACAGUUGCGUACUGUGGUCUAGCUAUCACCCAGUCCUGUACAGCUGCCUGGAGUUGUGGAGGGGAGUGGAGCGAAUAUGUUGCUAUAGCCUCCGUAUUCCUCUUCAUCAUCGGGUUCGCUGGUAGUGCUGGAUCUAUCCCUUGGCUGAUGGUCGGGGAGUUGUUUGUCGUUGAAGCUCGAGGCAAAGCUAGUAGUGUCUGUAUAGGGGUGAACUGGAUUUGUAGUCUGAUUAGUCUACUGACAUACGACACGAUACAAAGUUCUCUCUACCCUCAUGCUUUCUUCCUCUACAUGGCCGUUGUCCUGGUUUCCUUUCUGUUCGUGUUUCUGUUCAUGCCGGAAACAAGACUCAAAUCUGUUGAGCAUAUUAGAAAGGAGAUAAGGGACCAAGCUGAUAAAGUUCCAUCGUUUGUUUUCUGAGCGUUUGGGACUCAUGACGUUUGGGCUGAUGUAAUAAAAUGGUCUGUAUCGACAAUUGCUGAUUGAACUACUUUAUAGUGUUGUGCUAUUGCAUGGACGUUUUAAAUUUUGAUAAAGGAGGGACACCAAAAAUAAAAUAC